AUGCGAGUACGACGCGAUAGACUAGAAAUCAAAGGAGUGGGAGAAUUCGACCCUGUGAUUUUGUGCAUGCGACUAAAAAUCAAUACGGAGGAUUGGCAAGGAUUACCAUUAGAAAACUGGAUAUCCGCCUUCAAGAACAAAAAGAAUCUACCAGGACUGGAAUCAGAAAGGGAAUCGGAAAAAGAGCCGCCGGAAAAAGAAUCUGCCGAGAAAGAAAUUGGAAAGGAAAAUGAGAAUGAAGCUGGAGGUUCGUACUCCCAAGCAGUAUGUGGACAAAAAAGUAGUACAGAUGAGGACGGCUUCGUAUUACGCAGGAUAAGAAUGGGAAGCAAUGAAGAUAAAUCAUAA